GUUUGGCAGACGUCUCAGGUAUUUCGAAAUUAAAACGUUGCGGGCUCAGUCUGCGGUCCAUUCAACGGGCCUCGGUCAACUCCGUGAAACCUUUAGUCGGCCGCCAUCCGCCGCCGCUAGCCGCCGCCGCUAGCCGCUAGCCGCGGACCGGACAUGUCGGGCAAGGCGCCCAUCUGGUUAGCCCGCCUCGGCUCGCUGCCUGAAGACUGGCAUGACGAGCGCGGCUACGUGAGGUUCCGCCAGUCGCUGAUUAUUGAAGCACGCUGGUGACGUGCCUAGUUAAGGGUGUAGGUAGGCUACACAUUUUGAUUUUUGUACAGUUGUGUCGUUUGUCCGUCAGCUGCCUAGCCGCUGUGCUAGUUGGUAGCUAACGUCAGCUAGCUAGCUAGGUAGCGAGCAGCGGCUCUCCAGGCUCGGAGAGCAGCAUGGGCGAUGGCGGCGGCGCUGCCCCCAAACUCGGCAGCACGACGGCCUUGCUGGGGCUAAUCGCCGGGGCCGGCGCCUCCUACGGGAUUUAUAAACUCGUCAGCGGAGGGGGCUGGAGAAGAAACAAGAAAAGGGCCUCCGGCGGCGACACUCGCGGGGUCAAGGGCGGUCAACCUCGCGAGGGUGCUGUGCAGCCGGGGAGCCUGCUGGCCAGAGUGUCCGGGCUGGAUGUGGUGGGCGGCCGUGCGGAGGGCCGCUGGGCUGCGGAGGCUGCAUCAGACGACAUCGGCUCCAAACCUUCUGGAAGCCUGGAGCCACAUCAUCUGAAUAUGUUGCUGUCAUGUCUUCAAACCACCAGUAAUCCAUCUCACAAGUGUCAGAUCCUGCUCACCUUGGGAAAUGCUGCUGCCUUCACGGGUAACCAGGAUCUCAUCCGGGAACUAGGGGGUCUUCAUACGAUAGCCAGCUUUCUUUCUGAUCCUGAACCCAAAGUUAGAGUGCAAACACUGAAUGCUUUGAAUAACCUAAGCAUGAAUAUUCAAAACCAAGAGGAGCUAAAGGUUUAUGUGUCACAAGUGGUGGAGCUGAUUGAAAUAUCUCCAGUUAAUUCUGACCUUCAGUUGGCUGCCUUAAGGCUUCUGACAAACCUAUCAGUCACAGACAAGUAUCAACACUUGCUAAAGGGAUCAAUCAAGCUUUUAUUCUCUCUUCUCAUUGUGAGCAAUGAAGCAUUACAGAUUCAAGCUUUAAAAGUCCUUGUGAAUUUAUCAUCUAAUCCAGAUAUGAUGGAUGACAUUGUACAAACCCAGGUACCAGCAUCUGUUGUGCUGUUGUUUGACAUACGAACCCCCCUUGAGGUACUUCUUCGACUGCUGACAUUUGCAGGGAACCUGAAGGCCUGGAGGCCCUCUGCCCAAGUGGCUGAUGAACUGAGAGGGAAGCAGGACUGCCUGUUCCGGGUUCUGCUUGAUGAGUCUCCCCAGCUCCACAGCAGACUGCUCCAGCUGCUUUCCCAUCCUGUUGGGGAGGUCCAGGCCCAAGUGGCCCGUUUUCUGACAUAGAAUUCCCUGCACUCCACCCGUGUUCAGCCUUUGCAUUUGCAGACGUUACCAAAGCCUUCCAUCUAACACCCUUACAGUUCAACCUUUUGUCUGUCAACAGCAACCUUAAACAGGAUCAGCCUGUGGUGACCAAUUCACACCUGUCGCUGUUCCCCCAGCUUACACCCCCAGAGCCUCCUACUGCUACCUAAGUUGCCUCAAUCCACCCUAUCCUUGUAAGAUUGCCACAAAGACACCUACGUAUCAGGCAAAAUUUAUGACCCUGAACCCACUGCCAAAACAGAGAAUGUUCCAGUAUUAGCUGUUCAUCCCGACCCAUUUUACUACUCCUACCAUGUAGAGACGUAUUCAGCUGGAGAGGUUUCUUGCUUCUCGCUCUGGCAUGUAUUGGAGGCACCAUUGCAUGGAUGCACAGCCUCGGUCUUCAUAAACUGCACUAGAUUGGAAAUUUUACUUCACACCCUGCUAGUCAUGUAUUUAGAUGUUGGAUUGGAAGACUUUUCAUAGGUGUGUUUUUGUUUGAAUUUUAAUUUAUUUUAAAAAGAUACAUUCUGUUGGAGCAAUGUCUACAUUUACCACAUAUUCUCCUUGUUUGUUUUUCAAUGCUUAGAUUGUUUUCAUGACAAAAGUGAUUGGAUCUUAAACACCCCACAUUUAUAAUGAGCCACUCACUUUUUUGCACAAGAUGGUGAAUGAACGUUUUGCCUUGCUGGGGGCUUGUACUGAGGAGCCACAGAGAAAACGGUGGGUGUAUGAGGGGCUGCAUAUCUACUAUUUCCAUGCAAAAUGUGACAGUUGUUUUUGAAUUAGAUUUAAGCAUUUUGUACCAUGAACAAGUUCAGGUAUACUGAAAUGCUGCACAUUUCAUGUGUUUCAACACUCCCCUUGUUGGACCCAAAUUAGAUAUCUCAGGUGUAUUGCCCAGCAGGAGGCUGACUUACUCAUGACUUAGGGUUACAUAUUUAUUUAGAAGUUUGUCUAUGGAGUAAGGAAUAUCUUUUUGUUUCUUUAUGCAUGCUCAGUAAUCCAGACUAGGAAAUCACAGAAAGGUGAAUCAGUUCAUCUGGACACAACAUUUAGUGGGAGAAACAUUUCAUCACUCAUCCAAGUGACUUCGUCCAUCUCAACUGACUGUAGGUAUCCCCACCCUUAUAAACAGCACAGCUGCAUAAUUACCGAAACCAACGAUAACUUUCGUAUGCAAAUAGGCAUGACCAUUAACUAGAGUUUCAAUGGCCCCAAAACACCCUAUGCCAGAAAUUGGUCCACCCCAAGGAUCGGGUCCCCCGGCACAAACAGCAAUAUAGUGCAUGCUGUUAAGUGCCAGGAGGAUUGCCGUGACUUGUACAUUGGGGAAACUAAACGGACGCUGACCAAGAGGAUGGCACAGCACAGGAGAGCUAACACAUCAGGCCAGGACUCCACAGUCUACACCAUCUACAGGCCAGGACUCCACAGUCUACACCAACUACAGGCCAGGACUCAACAGUCUACACCAUCUACAGGCCAGGACUCCACAGUCUACACCAUCUACAGGCCAGGACUCCACAGUCUACACCAUCUACAGGCCAGGACUCCACAGUCUACACCAUCUACAGGCCAGGACUCCACAGUCUGCACCAUCUAUAGGCCAGGACUCCACAGUCUACACCAUCUACAGGCCAGGACUCCACAGUCUACACCAUCUACAGGCCAGGACUCCACAGUCUACACCAUCUACAGGCCAGGACUCCACAGUCUACACCAUCUACAGGCCAGGGCUCCACAGUCUACACCAUCUACAGGCCAGGACUCCACAGUCUGCACCAUCUACAGGCCAGGACUCCACAGUCUACACCAUCUACAGGCCAGGACUCCACAGUCUACACCAUCUACAGACCAGUGGCCGCUCUUUCAGGGAUGAGGAUGUGCACAUCCUUGAUAGGGAGGAACGCUGGUUUGAAUGGGGAGUCAGAGAGGCCAUCUAUGUGAAGAGGGAACGACCAUCCCUGAACCGAGGGGGGCGCUAAGAGUACAUCUGUCACCAUCUUACAACGCUGUGAUUGCAACUAUUCCCCAAUCCUCUGUGAACAGUACACAUGGCCACUGAAACUGUAGUUUAUGAUCACAGCAAUUUGCAUAUGAAACCGAUUGUUGGUUUUGGUCGUUAUGCCACUGUAUUGUUUAUAAGGGUGGGGUACCUGCAGUCAGGUGAGACUGAAGAGGUCACUUAGAUGAUGAUGAAACGUUUCUCUAAAUAGACAUUGUGUCCAGAUGAACUGACUCACCUUCUUGUGAGCUUUUUGUUUUGUCUUUCCAAAUGGUUCAAUAAAUACCUUUUAUGUU